AUGCCGUUGGUUGUUGUAACUAUGGUUUUAACAGGUAAAAAUAUCCUCGAAAAGGUCUUGGAAGAUGAAAAUAUUUUGUUCAAUUCAACUGGAGAACCAGUGUAUCGAAAAGUAGCAGUAGUUGAAAAUUUCUUCGAUAUCAUCUACAACGUUCAUGUCGACUUAGAAGGAAGACCUGGCAAACACGCUGGCCAGAAGAGAACGUAUCGUACGAUAACCGAGACGUAUGCGUUUCUGCCGCGAGAAGCCGUCACCCGCUUCCUACUCGGAUGCACGGAGUGCCAGAAACACCCUCGAUCACCUUCGCCCACGUCACUAUUACCUACACCCAGUCCCAGCCCCACGUUGCCGCCAGCAGUGGCAACGUUGCAGCAAAUGGGACCCGCUGCGGGGAAUACCCCCACGGUCCCUCAAGUAGCUACGCCGGUGAUAAAUAAUUCGGUUCAGCAAGGUGAAGACAGUUAUUACGGAGUUAAAAAUGGAGCUCAAUUCAAGUCAGCCAAAGUAAACAGCAUAAGUAGAUAUUUCUUUGAUUGGUGGUUGAAAAAAGUGUAUAAUUUAUGCUAA